UGUUGCUCUGUGUACGUAAACAUCAUUAGCCAGUAUUUUCCCGAGGGCACCUUGAGACAAUUCCUCAAAGAUUAUCAAGAUAAAAAGACCACUAUACCUGAGCAGCUGGUGAAAAAGAUCCUGGGCGAGAUUCUGGAAGCUCUAGUUUACCUCCAUGACAACGGCUAUCUGCACAGAAACAUCAAACCUAAUAAUAUCUUCCAGAGGAAGGGAGGGGCAAUGGUUCUUGGAGACAUGGGGGUCGCGUCAAUCAUGGGCGACCUCAGGUCAAACACCAGACAAACAUUUCAGGGGACCGUGUUCAUGGCCCCGGAGAUUGGGCAGCAUCAUCACAACACUAAGACAGACCUGUACUCUGUUGGGGGUGUACUGCUGAACCUGCUCACCACCUCCAUGUUCUCCGAGCACGACUACUACAAGAAGCUGGGCCAGAUCAAGGAAACUCCGGAGGAACUUAGCGUAGUCUUGGACAAGGUUUCAAAUACAUAUACAAAGACGAUGAUAAACACCGUACAGAUGUUGCUUCGGCAUAAACAUUCUAAUCGACCGAGCACUUUGGAAUUCAUCAAAUCCGGAUUUGUGCAGGAGUGCAUGGCACUAGCAGACCUUGGCCAGUUGGUCAGGAGUUCCUGGGAAAAGGAUGAAAGAUCCACCAAGCUUUGUAAGCAUUCUCUCACGGAGAACCGCGACGACGCUUUCACGGUUUUGAAGUACAUCGCAGACACUAUGGACAAUGAAGAAUGUCUGGCCGAUGGCUUAUCUGCCCUUGCAGACAUCUUGCGGGACAAUGACUCGGCCCAUGAGUUGAUCGACCAGAAAGCCAGAAGCUUGAUCGUUUUAGCCUUGUGGAACAACAUCUUCAACAAAGACAUCCAAAUUGCUGGCUGCUACAUUCUCAGCAAUUUGAUAGUGUCCGCGAAACCCAGUGAUGUCCUCUUCUGCCAAGAUGUGUACACAAUUAUACACAAGAUCAUGACGGGCCAUGAGUACAGCCCAGAAGUCCAGCUUGCGGCGGUUGAUUUGAUUUUGGCGUUGUCAGCAAAUGAGAAAGCCGCACAGGCGAUAGUUCAGCUGGGUGGUAUCCAGGAUACAUUGCGAGCCAUGAGACAUGCCAGGUACCAUGCCACACUCAAUGCCGUCUGCUGCAUGGCACUUUGGAGUUUGACUAUUGAUAGUGAAAGCUUGAAAAUUGCCGGUAAAGAAAACGCGGCCAAAGAUGUGUGCCUGGCACUGUCUACACAUAAAGUGUCGCCUGAUGUAUGCGAGGCCGCUGCAGCCGCUCUUUUCUCUCUGCUCUUGGACGAUGGUUGCUAUGAUAUUUUUGAUGAGCUAGACUGCAUUGGGAAUUUAGUUGCUGCGAUUCAUAUGCAUACAAAAAAUGCGAAAGUAGUCAAGAAUUGUUGUAAAGUCCUGGCCACCGCAGUGGAAGCAGACGAGGACUGUGGCUAUAGAUUCAUUGCCGAUGAUAAAGAAGAGGAUGACACUCCAGGGGGCAUCCAGACAAUCAUGAAAGCCUACAAUGUCCACAGAGACAACGCCGAUGUAGUAGAGUCCAUUGUGAGAUUACUGCUAGAGCUGUCACAAUACGAUGACAUUGCAGCAGAACUGAAAGCUGCGAAUGUUGGAUCUGCACUUCUGUUAGAAGUUCACACACGUUACAAACAGAACAAGGCUAUCAUGGGUCCCGUUGAAACGGCAUUGAGUAAACUGGAACUGCUUGUCACAACUUCCAGCCGAGUGACGGCCUCCGCGCCAACAGUUCAAGGGGGAUUACCCAACCGCCCUUUCAGGUUUGAAGGGGAGGUGAAGGAAAGCUGCAGGUCUAUGACUCGUAAAUGGUAA